UGAUGGAUCAUUUCAACCUUGGCCUUGUAUCCUCCUCCUCUGCGACGGGAAAAUGAUGGGUGACAAGAGCAUAACAGCUCUCCGAGCCUUCUGUCGUGGUCCUUCAAGGAUGACGACUAGGGUUCUGUCAGCUAGAACAGUUCCGGCCGGUCCCAGGCGCACAGCGGUCAUCGAACCAAUGGCUCGGUUCAAUUCCACUCUGUCCGGUCCACCACCUGACGCUGGGAGGAAAUCUCGAAUCAAGGUCCAUCCCAUCUUCUGGGUAGCCAUUGGGACAAUCCUUCUAUAUCCGACGUACAUGAUCGUCGAUUAUCUCGCGAGCGCUCGUACAUAUCCUCCAGCCGUAAGGAAACCGCUCAGAGAGGCAGUGAGGCAUAGAUACUAUGGAGAGAUUGAGGAAGCCGAGGAGAACUUUCAGAAAGCCCUGGAAAUAUCUCUGGGUCUCCCUGCCUCCGAUUUCGGACCAGAUGCUCUGAUCAAGCUGUCGGGGCUCUUCGCAGAGUACGCAAAGCUAUUGGAGACCUCUGGUCAAAGCUUCCGAGCGUAUCGAAAGCUCAUUGAGGCUUUGGACCUGUUCGGACCUCAUGCAUUAUCUGCCAAUCCGCUCGAGAGGAUAUCUGGAGAAUGGUCAGGCUGUCAACCAUUAAGUCAGGAGGAUCACUUGCGAGUCAUUGCGCUGCAUCAGAAACUUGGUCAACUCGCCUUACAGCUGGCGACAUCUGCUCGAGUUUACCCUUACCCAAGAGAUUUAUCUGCCACUGUGCAGAGCGGUCCGACCUCAUUCAUGGAUGCUGCCGAGUAUCAUCUCUCGUCAGCAGUGACGGCUCUUCUGCGGAUAGGUCUGGCAACUGCGCCUCAGUCGGCGGAGAAAAGCAAGAACGAGGAACCAGUUGUUGUUGGAAGAGAUCUUCAACUUCCUUCAGGUUCAUCUAGUCAAUUGGAGGGCCUCAUCGACCGUCAAGGUCUCGGAAUCACCAUGGAGGCUCUGGCGGAAGUUUACGCCCGCAAAGGUCAAUUCGAGUACGCUCAGCAGCUCCUGUUGCAGGCUAUAUCAACGCUGUUGCCGCCGAAUGAGACUAAGCCUCUUCCGAGAGAUAGAUGUCAGGCAGCAAUGCUCAUGACGAGUAUUUCUGGACACUCGCACCAGUCUACAUCCAAGGAUGCUCGAAAAAUAUCCAGAUCAUGGGCUGUACGAGCUAUAGAGCUCACCAAUGGGGCUAUGGAAGACGCCAAGGGGGCCUUAGAUGAAGAAUCUGCGAAACAGAUCUGUGGCAGAGCGGCAAGCGUGGCACUCUUCAACCUCGGCAUGAUGGCAGAGCUGGACUCUGACAUUCCCAAAGCCCUGGACAGAUUCUCAAAAUCACUGGCGCGCGCUCGCGAGAUCAAAUUCACUCAGGGUGAAAUCCAGUCGUCAGAGGCUAUCAAACGUAUACGAUACUCUAAGGACGGAAAGUGGUCUGGAUCAUGAUGUUCGUAGCAUGCAAAUGA